AAUUUCUUUCUCAGACAAAUAAACGUUUAUUUGCAGGUAAUAUCUCUAUCGUCUUUCGCUUUUCUUUUGUUUUGGGGUUUCAGUUUCAGUUUAACCGAAGGGAUUUUCAGCUCUGUUUUCUUUUUCAUUCUGUUUCCUCCCCAAAAGAUUCUUCCUUUCUGCUCAUCACCCCCUCUCUCUUCUCUCUCUGUGAGCUUCCCUCGCGAAAGUUUGUUUUCUGGGUUUCUGUUGUGAGGGGGAGUAGUUAGAUUCUGUUUCACUGUAGCUGGAAAGUUUGGUUCUUUGCUGGUGAAAGUAUUUGCAUUUCUGUGCUGAAAUCUCAGAGUUUGGAAGGGGGAGCUGCCAGCUGCUUCAGACGCAGCUUUCUGACAUACCACGGCGACAUUGUUAUGACCUGAGCUUUGUAGAUUCGGCAAACAUGUCUCAGGCCAACUGGGAAGCUGAUAAAAUGCUGGAUGUUUACAUCCAUGAUUAUCUGGUGAAGAGGGACUUAAAGGCUUCUGCCCAGGCUUUUCAAGCUGAAGGGAAAGUGUCUUCUGAUCCUGUAGCUAUCGACGCCCCUGGAGGAUUUCUCUUUGAGUGGUGGUCUGUCUUCUGGGACAUAUUUAUUGCUAGGACAAAUGAGAAGCAUUCCGAGGUUGCAGCAUCUUACAUUGAGCGAAGAACAACUCUUAGUUUCUUCUUAAGUGUGGGAAAUGAUUCUACUCAAUUGAUCAAAGCACGUGAGCAGCAGCAGCAGCAACAGCAACAACAACAGCAACAAGGUCAGCAACCACAACAUCAGCAGCAACAGCAGCAGCAACAACAACAACAGCAAUUGCAUAUGCAACAGAUACUCUUACAGAGGCAUGCACAGCAGCAACAACAGCAACAACAGCAGCAGCAACAGCAGCAGCAGCAGCAACCACCACCACAACAGCAACAGCAGCCGACAACGUCCCAGCAGCAGCAGCAGCAGCAGCGAAGGGAUGGUGCUCAUCUCUUAAAUGGCAAUACAAAUGGGCUUGCAGGAAAUGACCCUAUCAUGCGCCAGAACCCUGGAACUGCUAAUGCUUUAGCCACAAAAAUGUAUGAAGAGAGACUGAAACUACCAAUGCAGAGGGACUCUUUGGAUGAUGCAGCAAUGAAGCAAAGGUUUGGUGAAAAUGUAAGCCAACUUAUGGAUCCAAACCAUGCUUCAAUCUUGAAAUCUGCUGCAGCAACAGGCCAGGCUUCAGGGCAAGUGUUGCAUGGAGCAGCUGGUGCAAUGUCUCCACAAUUACAGGCUCGGAGCCAGCAGCUUCCUGGAUCAUCUCCAGAUAUAAAGACUGAGAUCAAUCCAGUUCUGAACCCCAGAUCUGCUGGUUCAGAAGGAUCAUUGAUGGGAAUACCUGGUUCAAAUCAAGGUGGAAAUAAUUUGACUUUAAAAGGAUGGCCACUCACUGGAUUUGAUCCACUUCGCUCUGGACUUCUUCAGCAGCAAAAGCCUUUCAUACAGGCUCCUCAGCCCUUUCAUCAGCUUCAGAUGCUGACGCCUCAACAUCAGCAACAGCUUAUGCUUGCACAACAAAGUUUAACUUCACCAGCUGCAAGUGAGGAGACCAGAAAACUAAGAAUGCUAUUGAAUAACCGAAGUAUGAGUAUGGGAAAGGAUGGCCUUGCAAACUCUGUUGGUGAUGUUGUUCCCAAUGUAGGAUCACCUCUCCAAGCUGGUGGUCCUCUAAUGGGUCGUGGAGAUACUGAUAUGUUGAUUAAGUUAAAAAUGGCUCAAAUACAGCAGCAGCAACAACAACAACAACAGCAACAGCAGCAAAAUAGUAAUCCGCAGCAGCAUUCUUUGUCGAACCAGCAAUCACAGAGUUCAAAUCACAAUCUUCAUCAACAAGAUAAGAUGGGUGGAGGUGGCAGUGUUACUGCAGAUGGUAGCCUUUCCAAUUCUUUCCGUGGAAAUGAGCAGGUUUCUAAAAGUCAGACUGGGAGGAAGAGAAAACAGCCAGUAUCAUCUUCUGGCCCGGCCAAUAGCUCUGGAACUGCAAACACGACUGGGCCAUCUCCGAGCUCAGCACCCUCAACACCUUCAACUCACACUCCUAAUGACGUGAUGUCAAUGCCUGCUUUACCCCAUAGUAGUAGUUCUUCUCAGCCUCUGAUGAUGUUUGGUACUGAUGGUGCUGCCACAUUGACAUCACCAUCAAAUCAAUUGGCUGAUAUGGAUCGUUUUGUGGAGGAUGGAUCCCUUGAGGAUAACGUUGAUUCUUUUUUAUCCCAUGAUGAUGCUGAUCCAAGAGAUACAGGGCCUCGAAUGGAUGUCAGCCAAGGGUUCUCAUUUAAAGAAGUGAAUGCUACCAGGGCCAGCACGAGCAAAGUGAUAUGCUGCCACUUCUCAUCUGAUGGCAAGUUGCUUGCUAGCGGUGGUCAUGACAAAAAGGCUGUACUGUGGUACACUGACACUUUGAAGCCAAAAACUACCCUUGAAGAACAUUCAUCUUUGAUAACUGAUAUCCGUUUCAGUCCAAGCAUGCCACGUCUUGCAACUUCAUCCUUUGACAAAACUGUCAGGGUUUGGGAUGCUGACAAUCCUGGCUACACUUUACGAACAUUCACUGGCCAUUCUGCUUCUGUUAUGUCCCUUGACUUCCACCCAAAUAAAGACGACCUUAUAUGCUCAUGUGACGGGGAUGGUGAAAUACGUUAUUGGAGCAUUAUACAUGGUUGCCAAAGAGUGUUCAAGGGUGGCACUGCUCAGAUGAGAUUCCAACCCCGUACAGGGAGAUAUCUUGCUGCAGCUGCUGAGAAUGUGGUAUCUGUAUUGGACGUUGAAACCCAGGCUUGUCUACAUUCACUACAGGGACAUACUAAGCCAAUACAUACCGUGUGCUGGGAUCCCACGGGCGACUAUCUGGCAUCGGUUAGCGAAGACUCGGUCAAGGUAUGGAGACUCGGGUCAGGGAGCGAGGGAGAAUGUGUUCAUGAGUUGAGCUGCAGUGGCAACAAGUUCCACUCCGGUGUUUUCCAUCCCACCUACCCUUCGUUGCUAGUUAUCGGUUGUUACCAGGCAAGUACCUUACCUAACAGAUGCCUUAAUUAUCUCAUUUCUCAAUCAUCGCUGGAGCUAUGGAACAUGACGGAGAACAAAACCAUGACUUUGGGAGCUCACGACGGGCUGAUUGCUGCGCUGGCAGUAACACCUGUGAAUGGUGGUUUAGUCGCGUCGGCCAGUCAUGACAAGUAUGUAAAACUAUGGAAGUGACACUCACGAAGGAUAUCAAAGAUGACACGGAUUUUGGAUGGUUCUAGUGCAUCUUUUCCUGCCUCUGGAGGGGAAGCAUUACUAGCUAUAUAUGACCCUCCCUCGAAUGAACUAACCCCCACUUCUGCAAUGUCGUCAAUGUUGUAUGAUAAAUUGGUAAACAUGGUACUGGUCUUUUUUCUGAAGUAGGAAGCUUUUUCCCUUUUCUUUCUUCUUUCCUAGUGAAUUUGAGGAACCUGUUCUAGUUUGUGGUUUCUACUAGCUACUAUUUGAUGUAUAACAGACAGCACAGAGACCUUUUGCCUAGUCCACGGAUAUGUUCUGUACAGUUUGGUUUGCCUUGUCUUGCAGAUCAUUUCCCCCUUUGUUUAGGCUUAAAAGUUCUCCAUUGUCUUUGAUCGAGCCAACCAGGUA